UGCAUUAUCAGUAUACAGCCGUCUAAGCUGCUGUCCCAUGACUGCACGAACUUUUAAUAAACAUCAUCAAUCUAUUGAGAACAUUAAGCUUUAAAAGCUCUGGGUUUGAAUUAAAAGAAGAUAGCCUUGGCAGGAUGUAGGCAGAAAGCUUAGUUUAAGUCCCACUCAAUGAAACUGCAUUUAAAAGUGGAAAUUUACUGAAAUCUUGGAACUUGAAAGAAGAGAGAUUUUUAACUCCCGUUGUGUGUGCUGGAUACAAGGAGGUAGCGGGAGAUGUUUAAUGCCCAGACAGAAGUUACUCUGAUGCAUUUUGUACUAAACACACUCUUUGUUAUUUCCCUCAAAAGGAAGGACAAGCCCAAAGUGCCCAGCUGGGGGUGGGCACACACCCCUGCUUUAACGGGGUGGCAAAGCAUGCGGCAGGAAGGCAUCGGUUUUGGGGUCACCGGCGGGGAUCUCUGUCGACGGGCUGGCGGGGGGAGGUGACUUGGGUCAUUGCUCACCACCGUUGGGAUGGAGCUUUGGGUGAAUGCCGAGGAGUUGAAGUCAGACUGGUUUGGGUGGGCAGGGACCCCACAGCCCACCCAGUGCCACCCCUGCCAUGGGCAGGGACACCCUCCACUAGCCCAGGUUGCCCAAAGCCCCAUCCAACCUGGCCUUGAACCCUGCCAGGGAGCCAGGGGCAGCCACAGCUUCUCUGGGCACCCUGUGCCAGGGCCUCAGCACCCUCACAGGGAAGGAUUUCUGCCUCACAUCCCAUCUCCAUCUCCCCUCCUGCAGCUUAAACCCAUUCCCCUUGGCCUGGCACUGCAGCAAUUGCAGAGCUGCUGCUGUGCGGAGCCUGGACCUGCCCGGCGCUGAGGCCUCCCCUCCUCCUCCUGCGGCCCUGCCGCUCUGCCCCUCACUGCCGUGGCUCCUGGGAAGAGAACGGCCGGAUGGGCGCAGCUGCGCUUCGUGCUCGUGGGCACGCGAGGGCUGCGGAUGAGCGGGGCGUCGGGCCGGUGGCUCUCGGGAGGUGUUAGAAAUGAAAAGCAAAUCCGGAACGGUCAAAAGGCCCUGAAAGCCAGCAAGAAUGACAAACAGGAAUUGAAAGCUAAAGAGGGAGAAAAUCUUAAUUAGAUCUCCACCAACCUGUAGAGGAACAUAUUUGGAUUAAAAUGAAAUGGAGCUUUGUACUCUCAGGGUUUCAGAGCGAGAAUGGAAGAGGAAUUAUUCACACUUGCUAUUUGUGAAGCUGGAUUGCUUUUUCUGUGAACUUGUCUUUUUAACUUCUCACCUUGUCAGAAAACUGUGAAAAGCUGCUGGGAUGGUGUAUUUGGGGUAGUUCUUAUCACAGCGCAUAGCAGAAACAUUUCCAUGGUUUUAGAGCACGGGCAGAGUUUCCUAUUUAAUCCCGUCCUCCCCAAGCUAGCUCCUUUCCCCUCGUGGUAAGCCAGCCUGCCCACCGUUCACCAACCUGCCUUACGCUUCGCUGCCAUCGAUAUUUUCUCUUUGUGAAUGUCUAUCAAUAUUUAAUACCACGGUGUCGGUUUUGCUGUAAGAUGAGAGGAACUACUAGAAACCUUGAAUUAUACAUUGCAUGGCUGGGGGACACUGGGGAGAGUUUUCUUUUGGACCCAAAGCUCUUGGGGUUGAUCUCCAGGACCUGCAGCUUGAAAUCCUAAUAAUGGAAGAGCACCAGAAGAAACUCAGUCAGCGGCAUGAGGGAAGGCCCCGCAAGGUGAGGUUCAAAAUAUCGUCAGCUUACAGCGGUCGAGUGUUAAAACAAGUCUACGAGGAUGGGCAGGAGCUCGAGCCCCCAGCCAAAGAGCACUCUCGGCGGCGUCUCCGCCACAGCUUCGAGCCAGGGGACCAUUUCUGCGGGGCAGGGGAAUCGCCAGAAAACAGGUUUUACUCGCCAGCCAAGCUGACUGCCCAGCGGAUCAGCAUAUUCAAAGAGGAUAAGAAAUACGGUCUCACCAGUAACGCGCCUCUCCUCAGCGACUACCCCUCAAGCGACAGCCACUGCAGGGCUUCCCCAAUUCUAGAUUUUGGCAAGAUCAUCAUCUACACUAAUAACCUGAAAAUCAUCCGUGCACCAAUGGACCAGAAAGAGCUCAUGAGGAGAAUCAUCCAGACAGAGGGAAUAAAUGACUGGGCCUUCAUAUACCGGGAAAGGAAAGAAAAGUUUGGUGGUGGACAUAAAAAAGAUGUGGGAAAAAAGGUUGUCUGCAACCAGUAUAUGCAGGAAGGAGAUGCUGAACACGGCUGUUCCCAGUGUAAAGGGUCAGGCUCUGCUCCUUGCUCACUGUGCCACGGAAGCAAGUUUUCGAUGCUGGCAAACAGAUUCAGAGAGUCCUACAGGGCUCUCCGGUGUCCAGCUUGCAACGAGAGCGGCCUGCAGCCCUGCCAGAUCUGUGCUGCCUGAUCGGGACCGCCAUCCCUGCAGCAGGCUACCAGCACCCACCAAUGCUUUGUUGAAAACUUAUUUAACCUUCAAGCAGCCCCACUAUCACGACAAGUUUUUACAAGAUGGGAAAGGCACGCUAUACAUAUCUCACCGUAAACGUGAAUACCGCACCUCUGCUACCGACUGUCCCCCUUGGCUGCUACACACGCCUGUCUAACUUGAAUCGGGCCAGCCCCCAGGGUCUGCAGGGCAACAUCCCCCCAGCACAGAGGACAUGAUCAGCACUCGCAGUUCAGCACCUGCGUAAAUGUCUCUGCCACCUGGAACUCAGCCGAAUUUUGCUGGUGCUGCCCCUGUUAGGUGUUUGGUGCUCGGCACUGCUGGUCCCGACCCACCAGGCACUCCAGUAGCACCAGUAAAAGCUGCAGAAGUAGGUGCCGUUUGGGCACGUCGGUAAGGUGUCAGGGUGUAAAGUCUGUCUGUCUGUCCACCAGCAGAGCGGUGCCUCCCCGAGGUUUGAACUUGCUGAGCGCUCUAAAACGACACUGUCUGUUGUAGCUAACUCCAUACUUGCCCUGCCGUGUCACAAGCAUUUCCUGAAGAUUCUGCCGAUUCUUGCAUCUGCUUUAGUGGACACAAUGAUUCCUUUGGGGUCUGAUUUAUGGGAAGAAAUUGAAAACCCUUCCCAAACCUGGAGCUAUAAAAAAUGCACAAUUAUUUAUUAUUAUAAACAGAAGUUAUUAAGUUUUUAGCCUACUUAUGAGGAAGUGCUGAACUCAAAUUCCCCUGUACGAUGCUCAGCACUUUUCAGGAUCAGGCUGGUGGUGAGCAGGACUUCUGUUGCUUAAUAUUAAUCCCAUGAUGUAAUCUGCAGAAGGUAAACUCUAAUUAGCUGAGGUGAAGCAAUGAUGUGGGAUACUCCGCAGGCUGCCACUGGUGGCACACAACACAGGGGCUUCAAGAGGCUGAG